CCUCACCCAAGAUGGCGGCGCGGUGCCCCGACUCAAGAUGGUGGUGGGGCUUGCGGAUGCUGCCUCAGUAAGAGUGCUGACGUUCCCCCCCGGAGGCGAGGAGCGCUCGGCAACCGCGCCAGGGUCGGGGUGAGCCGGCGGGAUCGCAAAUGAAGUGCGAGAACUGCACCAAAAAGGAAUGUAGUAAAAAACAGAAAAACGAUGAUACACAAAGUACAUCAGUUGAUGCAUUGAGUUCAGAUGAUGGUUUUGAAGAGAAAAAUGAGUUUCAUACAUUGGCUAAUGCUAAAAUACUCCUUAGCGACUGCCUAGCUUGUGACAAUUGUAUGACAUCAGAAGAAGGAGCCAGAGUUUUCCAGCAGAAUCAGAAGGAGCUCUUUCGUGUUCUUAACCUUAAUAAGAAAUGUGAUACCUCAAAACACAAAGUGUUGGCAGUGUCUAUAUGCCCUCAGUCAUUGCCUUAUUUUGCUGCUAAAUUCCAUCUCUCCGUGAAUGAUGCAGCCAAGAGACUCUGUGGUUUCCUCAAAAGCCUUGGGGCGCAUUAUGUAUUUGACACCACUAUAGCUGCUGAUUUCAGUAUCCUGGAGAGCCAGAGGGAAUUUGUGCAGCGCUACCAACAGAGGAACCAGGAGGAACAUGCCUUACCAAUGUUUGCCUCUGCUUGCCCUGGUUGGAUCAGGUAUGCUGAAAGGGUACUGACCAAUCUUGUGACCUCUCACAUUUGCACUGUAAAGUCUCCACAGCAGAUCAUGGGCUCCCUGGUGAAGGGCUACUUUGCCCGGCAGAAGAACUUGUCUCCUGAUAAAAUUUUCCAUGUAGUUGUGGCGCCUUGUUAUGAUAAAAAACUGGAAGCCUUGCGGGAAGAUUUCUACACUGCCUUGUACAAUUCACAAGAAGUUGAUUGUGUUCUGACAUCAGGUGAAAUUGUCCAAAUAAUGGAGCAGAAAAAUGUGUCCAUGAAAGAUGUGACUGAAGUAGCUGUAGAUAGUUUGUUUGAUGAAAUAAAGGAGGGGGAUGUAGUAAGGCAUGAUGGGAAGAGAUCUGAUGGUUACCUGGAGCACAUCUUUAAACAUGCUGCAAAGGAGCUUUUUGGCAUGGAUGUCAAAGAAAUCACCUACAAAGCAUUAAAGAACAAGGACUUUCAAGAAGUGACCCUUGAAAAGGAUGGUGAGACGGUGCUGCGUUUUGCAGCAGCUUAUGGCUUUAGAAAUAUCCAAAACAUGGUUCUGAAGAUGAAAAAAGGAAAGUUUUUAUACCAUUUUGUUGAAGUCCUUGCCUGCCCAGGAGGGUGCCUUAAUGGAAAAGGCCAGGCACAAACUGAAGAUGGAAAGCCAGAUAAAGCAUUGCUUCACCAGAUGGAAGAAGUGUAUGCUGCAAUACCUGUUAGACUUCCAGAAACCAACCUGCACGUACAGAAGAUGUACCAGGACUGGCUGGAAGGCAUGGACUCUAAAAAGGUCCAAGAAGCUUUGCACACCAAAUACAGUGCAGUAAAUGAAACAGCAAGCAACCUGGAUAUCAAAUGGUAAUAAGCUUGCAAAAGAUUUGCUUAGGUUAGUUACAGAUUCAGCACUGGAAACAUUUCUAUGCAAUCGCAGAUGCUAUGCACUACCUGAGUGUAUGAACGAGAUGCUUCCUAAUUGUGGAUUAUUAUUUGUGAAGAACCAUUGCUUUUUUAAAAAAAAAAAAAAAAAAGAAAAAGUUUCCGAAAGCCCUGGUUCCUGCCAUUGUCAUUUAACUUUUACUGUGUGUAAUGGAUUUCUUUAUUCAGAAAUGAGAACUUGCAAGGUACAUAAACACUUUCUGCCGAGGGCAGGGAGUGUAAUUCCUGAUGAGGUUACUCCCUGAAGUGAAGGGUUCCCUUCAUGUCACAAAAUGGGCUCUCCUAAGAAGCCAUUAUGAUGAUUUUACCUCCUCCUUCUAGGAAUGCAGUCCCCUUCAUCACAGGAAGACAGCAUCAAUUUCAAUGUUGUUGCAGUUGUGAAAUACUCAGAGAUUUACUUGCCCUGUUAACAAAAAAAAACUUUACAGGACCAAGUUUGUAUAUGGAGAAGUGUAAUCAAUCUAUGUAAUUGACCCAGAUUUUAACAAACAAAAAUUAUUCAGUUCCAAACUAGAGUCACUAUUCCUUACAAGUGUAAUCUUAUGUAAGGAAAAGGAUGCUUCAUGUAAACUGAACUUGAGAAACUCAAGCUAAAUGGUCAGAAUGCAGUCCUUCCUUAAUAAUAGUUCCAAGUGGGCUGGUUGAUACAAAAAGAUAACUCUUCUUCCCUUGUAAGUUUUAUGAGAAGCUUGCAGCUAGGAAAAGCAGUUCUGCUUACUCUGUCCAGCUUCUUGAUGAGUUAAACAUUCUUACAUAUGCAGUGCCACCUGAGUACAGGCAUGCCACAGCAUCACUAGGUUUGCUGACUUAUAGCACUUUAAUUCUCUCAUGUUUCAGUACAGAGAAAACCAGAUUGUUCUUUCGUUUAUCUCCAUGUUGACAGAUAGUGAUGUAAAAAUAACUUAAUGGAGUGCCUCAAAAAAAUUCUUAGCGAUGGCUUGUAAAUUCAUCCAAGUGAUUAUACAUUGGCAUCAUAAAUUUCAGUGCACUUUUUAAGUAUGCUGAAGAGGUUUCAGCACACAGACAUCUUCAAGUGGUAUUUGCAUGCAAGCUUUUCUGCAACCUUCUGGGUUGUUAGAGGGUGAUUUGUGAAUGUGGUGGACGCAAAAAAAUCAAAGUACGCCAAACAACUUCAUAUUUUCUAGUAGCAUCAGGUUUGUCCAUGAUUAAUGUGUUUGAAGCUAGCACAUGUUCAGCUUUCCUUUUCCAGUCUGAAAGUGUGGAUGGGCUUUUAUAAUCAUUUCAGGCAGAGUUUGAAUGAACCUUUUUGUGAAUCUUAAUGUUACAACCACCAGAAUGAGUAAGAUCUAAUACUGCAAAAAUCUGUGUGUAUUUAAAAUCUACAUUUGAUGUGAACAGAGUGUAUGUGAUAAAGGCAACAGUGAAGUCAGUGCAUUGGCUGAAUUGUUCUUUCAUUGGCUGAACAACAAAGACUCAAAGUUGAGAGACUUAAGUAUGUUGCUCUGACAAGAGAAAGCUCUCUUAAUGAGAAGCUGUUAAUAGAAUUGUAGUUUUCAAUUGGAUCUCCAGCUAAAUAACAAAACGUUUGGCUUUAAAGGGAUGUUUUCUUUGAAGUGCAAAUGAAUUUGAUUACUAUGCUACCUGAAUGCACAGAAUGAUAUUAUACCCAUAAAUUAGCCUUUUUAAGUGGUUCCUUGUUGUAAUACAAACAUUAUAUAUAAGUGGUGCAAUAUCAGAACAUCUACAGAAAUCUACCUCUGUGUGGGAAGGAAGUCCAGAAAUUGUGGGAAGACCUGUGUACAGAUGGAACUUUAAUAAUAAUGUCUGCUAAAGAAAGAAGGUGAUGUUGCAUGAAAUUUCUGAACAAUGACUUUUAGAAGCAACAUCCAGCUCCUUUGGUCUAAUUUUCUCUCUCAUGAUUUCUUCCAAAAAUGUCUAUAGAAUUAUCUUGUAAUCAAGUGGUCUUGUUCUGUUUGUACAGGCAUAUGUUUAUGUAUAUAUGGUUUUUUAGCUUGAUGGCAUGUUUAAAUUAUAUUGCUUCAGUUCUUUGUAUAGUAUGCUACUUUUUUUAUAUAUGUAUGUGUACUGGAUGAAAUGGUACGAAAAAGUUGUUUGCUUUUCUGAUGAAACCUCCAUUAAACUACACAAGAGCUGCCUUGCUGUUCUGAAAGGAUUCCCUUGAACUUUUUGUACAAUUUGAUGGAGCCUCAUCUGGCACAGGUGGCACUGCUGUCCCUGUUUUGCCAUUCCCUUGCCUGGAGAGCCUCACUGGGGGAGACUUUGGGGAUGGGCCAGCAGGUGAAGUAAAUGUGUCUACUGCUCACUGUGCUGUGCUUCCACUGCAGGGCACAUGGGUGGCUUGGUGCAAAAAAAUGAACUUUUUCAGUUGAAUCCGCCUUUUCUUCCAUCUGUUGUUCAAGAGUUUUAACCUAUUGAGAUAGUAACAAUGUAAAAAUCUAGAUUUUUUUUGUCUGCCAUGGUAUUUUUUUAAAGAUGAGGAAGGCAUCUAACUGGGCAGCUUUUAGUGGCUAGGUGGAAUGUAUGUAUUAUAACUAGUGACUUACAGUGACUGAUACUUACCUCUUUUUUGUGAGCUUCUCUUUUAUAAGUCUUUUUGGAGUAAAACUGAUCCAGAGUUUUAAAAGCUCUUUUCUUUAAUGUGCCAGUUUAAAAGAAAGACCUUUUUUUCCCUUUACUGUUGUAGUCUAUCUUCCUCUACUGAAGGAAUUUUGUUUACUAGAAUUUUAGCAUAUAUUAGAAAACCUUGUUGCAACUUCAUAUAUAGUGAAAUACUUGCCUGAGGUUUGAUGCUGACUUGAAAUCUAUAGUUGAGAAGUCUGGUGUUGCUGAAAAUGUGUUUCUAGCCACAGGUUCUGAAACUCCAGCAUUAAGCAUUAUUUAGUUUCCUGAUAUGAUUUUGGAAACAAAUAAUUUUCAUUGCUACCUGCCUUUUCAGCAGUGGCAGAAGUUCCUAGUGUGGUCAUACCCAUAGUGCUUGACUUCUCAGUUGAAUAUUGUGUGGAGACAAUCUUGUCUCUAGGUGAUUUUUAGAAAAGUCUAAAAUGGAAGGAUUGCAGGAAAGUCGCUGGAAAUGCUAAAUUAAUUUGGAAAUUACCUUGGGUAUUACUGGCUUGAGCAUAUCAAAUGCUUGCUACCUUGGGCUAUAGUCCUUUAUUCUGAGACUGCUACAGCAAGGGCUGUGUGUGAAUAACUGCUGCUAUGCCUUCUCCCAUAAGCCUCACCCACAGCAGUGUUUGUCCUCUGUAGGUCAUGACCUUGAACAGGCGUGGGCUCUGCUAUUACUCAAAAUAAUUAAUAUAUCUGUAUGCGGCAGUCUCCACGGGAUUACUCGUGGACAGUGUUCAGUUCCCUAAAUUUUGGUGCUUUGUAUUCAAAUAGAGCAUGACCAUGAGUUGUCCUAAAUAAAUCUUGAUGGUGAAUUAA